GAUCACUGCUCUCAGCGGUGCUCGAGUUAAAGUGUAACUUGCCGGAAGAGACGGUCUGUCAGCUGGAUGAUUACAGCGGUCUCGCCGUCUCGGUGCUCUCUACAUGAUAAAGCGCAGAGAAAGAACGCGAUGGCUCUCCGUCCAGCUGUAGAUGCGAAAAUACUCAUUGUCGGUUGCGGGAUUUCAGGGAUCGGCGCUGCACAGCGGUUAAUACAGCACGGCUUUAGCAAUGUCCGUAUUAUUGAAGCCACGUCCAGAAGCGGCGGAAGGAUCAAGACAGGCAGGCUCGGCAGUAAUAUUGUAGAAGUAGGUGCCAACUGGAUCCAUGGCCCAUCACAGGAGAAUCCAGUGUUUCAGCUGGCCUGCCACUACCAAUUACUCAGCAAAGAGUCCAUGUCUGAGGAGAAUCAAUCAGCGGACAUUGGUGGUCACCCACCUUUUGUACCUAACUGGUUUUCCAGCUCCGGCAGGAAACUUGAUCCUGAUGUGAUGGGACCUGCAGUGGAGCUCUUCAUGACAUUAUUCGAGAAGUGCCAGGAGUUCCAUGCCAGUGGUGAAGAACCCAUGCCUACUGUGGGGGAGUUUCUUAAGAGAGAGGCCCUCCGGAUAGCCCAUGAGGAGUGGGAGGAGGACCAGGCUACCAAAGAUCUGAAGCUUGCUCUUCUGAGCACAAUGCUAAAGCUAGAGUGCUGUGUUAGUGGAACACACACUAUGGAUGAUGUGGGCCUUGGAGCUUUUGGCAUGUACAAGACACUUCCAGGACUGGACUGCACCUUCCCAGGAGGUUAUGAUGGCCUAAUUAAACACAUGAUGAAUGAGCUUCCUGCGGACAUUGUCUUGUACAAUAAACCAGUUAAGUGCGUUCACUGGAAUAACACCUACAAGCAGUCAAGCUCAAAAGGAAGGACAUACCCUGUUACUGUAGAGUGUGUUAAUGGAGAGACUUUUGAAGCAGAUCAUGUCAUUGUUACCAUUCCACUUGGCUACUUGAAGAAGCAUCAGGACACACUCCUACAUCCUCCUCUGCCACUACACAAAUUGCAUUCCAUCCAGAGAAUGGGUUUUGGGACCAACAAUAAGAUUUUCCUUGAGUUUGAGAAGCCAUUCUGGAGUGAAGAUUGUGAAGUUAUCUACCUUGUAUGGGACGAUGAGCCUGAUCUUGUGGAUGUUGUUUCUGAUGUGAAGACGGCCUGGAUCAAAAAGCUGUUUGGGUUCACUGUUCUGAAGCCCAUGGAAAGGUUUGGCCAUGUUCUUUGUGGUUGGAUUGCUGGGCAUGAAUCUGAGUACAUGGAAACUCUGACAGAAUUUGAAGUGCUGCAAGCAGUUACUCAGCUCAUCCGCAGGUUUACAGGAAAUCCAACAAUUGCACCAAAGAAGCUUCUACGGUCCCAGUGGUUUCAUGAGCCCUACACUUAUGGAUCCUACACCUACGUGGCCAAAGGGUGCUCAGGUUAUGACAUAGAUAACCUUGCAGAGCCUCUUCCCCUGCCAGGUUCAAAUUCUCAGCCAUUACAGGUGAUGUUUGCUGGAGAGGCCACACACAGAUCCUUCUUCUCUACUGUCCACGGAGCCCUGAUUACAGGCUGGAGAGAAGCAGACCGUCUCCAUACUCACUACACUACCCUGUCAGGACAGAUGAUUUCAAAACUGUAAAGAGUGGACCGUGCACUUAUGAGGUGUACUUAACUGGCCAAUUGCAAUGGCUUGUUCCCUCCAACUCUGGACACUGAAUGUAAUGAAGAGAUGAAAUCUGGAACAAUUAUUUACAUUGUGACUUGUGAUUUUUAUCCAUCUGUAAUUGAUGGACAGGCUGUCCAAUCCAAACGUUCUUUUUUUUCCCAAUUUUAUGAACUGUUAGACGUUGCGGAAGCACUGGAUGUCUUUGCAUGGUGUGUUGUUCUGCAUAAUAUAAGGCAGAAUGACAAAUUGAAUAUUGAAAAUAGUGAAAUUAGUAGCUUUAAAAUUCUAUUUUGCACACUACCUGUAAUUUGUUGAUAAAAUAAAUGUCAUCGAAAGCUGAUUUUCAUUUAAAUCCAAAGAGAUUGUGCAAGUUCCUGAGGACCCUGGAUGUUUCCACUGUAAUAAGUUAUUCUGUGAGAUGGUUUGGUUUUUGUGAAGGCUCCAAAAACUAGUGCCUCUUUGCAUUGUUGUAGCCAGCUGCUACAUCAUUUGUUAUGUCCCAUGCAGUCACAACCAACCAUAAAAAAACAAAGCAGGAAAAUAUAUAGUUCGCCUUUUUUCCCCACAAGAGAAAUGAAUGGCAUGAGCCUAGGGAGUAUGUGUUUGUUUGCUUACUUUUAAUAAGAAUGAAUUUUAAUGAGACCAACAUUAGGGAGAAGCUAGGCCUUUAGACAGAAUACUGUAGGCCUUUGUUUUAAGAAUUAAUUUAUAGUGUGGUGAAAUGUUUUUAUUCUGAUCUGUCGUAAGUCAUAAGCAUAAACAACACUAUGUUUAAAAAUAAAAUUGAUAAGUUAAAUAGUAUUCAGACACUAAAAAUGAAUAACUUUAGUACUUUGUUGCAAAGCUAUUGUUGUAAUUGCCAACAACUUUCAGAUGUUUUCAGAAAAGAAGCAAUUAGCUUUUUGCAGCGUUGUGAGUUUUGGUCCAUUCCUCCUCUCAAACCGUCUUAUUUCCCUAAGGUUGUGAAGGUCCCUCAACGAUCCCUACGAUAUUCUGUAAAAAUGCUCAAUUCUGAUUAUAAGUUACUUUAAAUUCCAACGGAUUCAAAUGCUGUUUGGAGGAAAUAUCUGUUAUCAAUCUACUUUUAUGAAAGGUAGACAUAUAUCAAAUAAUAUCCACCUUAUUUAGGAUAUUCUGGAUUAUUCAGAGUUGGGAAAUGAAGAAGCUGUUUAUUUCUGGAUUUUUAUAAUGCAUUUGAUACAGUGAAAUAUUUCUAUUUCUGAUCUGUUACUUUGAUUUUGGUUGUAAAUUUUAUGUUAUUCAAGCUUUUAUAAAAAUGUUAACCCUAA